UGUUUGAUAUUUUUCUCUAACAGAUCUGUGGAUCUUAACACUCUAAUGCUUAUAAUGACGAGAUCUAAGCAUGAGAACAAUACCAAAGGAAGAAAGAAGAAGCUCAUGACAAGAAUCUGAAGAAAAUUAAAUUUGUUUUCUUUAUCGCCGCCAUUGUUGUUCUACAGUGAGCUUGGACAGUUGACACCUGUAAUCCAAAAUUCAAAGUUUAUCACUGCAACACACUCAGGCUUUUUACUUAUUAUCAUAGCUCUGAUAAAGUAUGAGAGUAGUGUUUCAAUGGAGGUUGACGAAGACAUUGAGUUACAAAAGCAUCAAGAACAAAGCAGAAAGCUACAAAGAUUCUCAGACGACAACACUGGAAUUGUAAUGAGGAAUUGGAACAAUCCAUCGUCUCGUAUCAUUAGGGUUUCACGAGCUUCUGGUGGCAAAGAUCGACAUAGCAAAGUCUUAACUUCUAAAGGUUUAAGAGAUCGAAGAAUACGUCUCUCAGUUGCUACAGCAAUCCAGUUCUAUGAUCUUCAAGAUCGUCUUGGAUUUGAUCAACCAAGUAAAGCUGUUGAAUGGUUAAUCAAUGCAGCUUCUGAUUCAAUCACUGAUCUUCCUUUGAUUAACACAAAUUUUGAUCAUCUUGAGAAUCAAGACCAGAAUCAGAACCAGACCAAAUCUGCUUGUAGUAGUGGAACAUCUGAGAGUUCGUUGUUGUCUUUAUCAAGGACAGAGAUUCGUGGGAAAGCAAGAGAGAGAGCUAGAGAAAGAACAGCUAAAGAAAGAGAUAAAGAUUUGCAGAAUGCUCAAAGCUCAUUCACUCAGCUUCUCACCGGCGGUUUUGAUCAACCGAGUAAUAACCGGAAUUGGACCGGUGGUUCUGAUUGUUUCAACCCGGUUCAGCUGCAGAUGCCGAACUCAUCCUCAUCAUCUCUUCAUCAAGAACCAAUGAAUCAGAAUAAUCACCCAUUCUCCUUUGUACCUGAUUACAACUUUGGAAUCUCUUCUUCUUCUUCUGCCAUUAAUGGUGGUUACAGUAGUAGGGGGACCCUUCAGUCCAAUUCACAAUCUCUCUUUCUCAAUAACAACAACAUUACUCAAAGGUCAUCGAUUUCUUCGUCUUCUUCUUCAUCUUCUCCAAUGGAUAGUCAAAGCAUUUCCUUUUUCAUGGCUACACCUCCGCCUCUUGACCACCAUAACCAUCAGCUUCCGGAGACUUUUGAUGGCCGGUUAUAUCUUUAUUACGGCGAAGGAAACCGGAACUCCGAUGAUAAAGGAAAGGAUAGGAGAUAGUAAACAAAAUGGCUCCUUUCAUCUCUCCCCAAUCUUGGAGAGGAAGUGUAAGUGAGGGAAGACGAUGUUUGCAUAGCCCUGAGCAUAUAUUUGGAUCCUCCAUUUCAAUCAUAAGCCUGAUUGAUUGCAUGUUCAGACCGCGAGGAGUUGUUUUUGUUUAGUGAGGAAAUGUUUAUGUAAUGAAUCAUAUAUAUGUCUCUAUGUGUGUUCAUGUUCAUUGUCAAAAACUUUGUCCGAAACUCGGACCAAUGUUUUCAGGUCAUCCUCAUUCUGUUGGCUGCAUUGUAUGUAGCCUUUUUUUGAGCUUCUAGGUCACAACUGGGGCAAUUGAGUGUUCUGGUUCAAUUGUUAAAACAAGUAAUACAGACUAUACAGUUCA